UUAACACAGAGUAGUAGACAGGAGGUUCAGCUGCUCCAAGCUGCCAUACUUUUCACAUGACCUUGGGUCCAGAACUCAACCUAAAGUUGGCGAGGGUACAAUCAUUAAAAUAGGUUUCCGCCUACUAAAUCCACUAGCGCACCAAUGGCAUGCCGCCUUCCAGCUCCCGUUUUGUCUCGCGAACACAGUGGUAUUAAAUCCUCUCUCAACUAAAUGGAUCGGCCAUUUCGACUGAGCCGGUAUACCCCAGCAGUCCUUUUGUUGAACGGGAAGGUUUCCGUGUAACAACGUCCUCGAUAACAACCGAAAAUGAAUGAGACCGUCAUCUCGUUCGGCAAGGACUUCUUGGCUGGUGGUAUUUCCGCUGCCAUCUCCAAAACAGCUGUAGCCCCUAUUGAAAGAAUCAAGCUGCUUCUUCAGGUGCAACAUGCUAGUAAACAGAUCACCGUUGACAAGCAGUACAAGGGCAUCAUGGAUUGCGUCGUCCGUAUCCCCAAGGAGCAGGGCUUCCUGUCAUUCUGGAGAGGGAACUUGGCCAACGUCAUCAGAUACUUCCCCACCCAGGCCCUCAACUUUGCAUUCAAGGACAAAUACAAGCAAAUCUUCCUGGAUGGCGUGGACAAGAAACAGUUCUGGAGGUACUUCGCUGGUAACCUGGCCUCUGGCGGUGCUGCUGGAGCCACCUCCCUGUGUUUUGUGUACCCCCUCGACUUCGCCAGAACCCGACUGGCUGCUGAUGUCGGUAAGGCCGGUGCUGGGCGUGAGUUCAAUGGCCUGGGUGACUGCUUGAAGAAGAUCUACAAGGCUGACGGUCUGAAGGGCCUGUACCAGGGCUUCUCUGUGUCUGUCCAGGGCAUCAUCAUCUACAGAGCUUCUUACUUUGGCGUCUAUGACACAGCCAAGGGCAUGCUGCCAGAUCCAAAGAACGCCAGCAUCCUUGUCAGCUGGGCCAUCGCGCAGUCGGUGACUGCAGUCGCCGGUCUUACAUCCUACCCCUUUGAUACCGUCCGUCGUCGCAUGAUGAUGCAGUCUGGGCGCAAAGGAGGUGACAUCAUGUACACUGGCACCAUUGACUGCUGGAAGAAGAUCGCGAGGGAUGAGGGUGGCAAGGCCUUCUUCAAAGGAGCCUGGUCCAACGUUCUCCGAGGCAUGGGUGGUGCCUUCGUGCUAGUUUUGUACGAUGAGUUGAAGAAGGUCCUCUAAACUGUUUUUAUGUCCACCAUAAAUGUUGUGAGAUGUUUAAACUGUAACAUAUCUUGUACAGUUGGAAGGACGGUCAAAUUCCACCUUGUUUAUAGGGACCAACUAGUAUGUCGGUGCUAGUUGUACUGGGAAAAUCGGUUCUGCACUUUUUAAUUGGCCCAAUGUUUGUUUUGUUUGCCCCCUCACCAGAAUGUCAUUCCCAUAAAACAAAGGUAACUAAGCCAGAUCUUUAAAUAUCAACCUGUUUCAUCCAGAUGGUUUGUUUUUUUAGUCAAUACUGUAACAAUAAAGGCAACCUACUGAAUGAACCUACAA